AUGAUCUUGAUUUUUCCUCACCAUGGAAGAGGGCACACCUUACCACCCCUGCUUCUUGAGCUCCAGAACCCGACUGGCAGCAGCCUUGAACCCGUCCUUGAACCUGAACCGCCACCUCUCCAUCCUGAGCCUCUUCCGCUUCAUGCCCUUGCGCUCGUGGAACCGCUGCUGGUUGAAGAGCCGCUUGACCUUCUGCUCCUUCACCAGGCGGUCGAGCACCCGGAAGGCCCCGGCCGGGUUGCCCGCCUUUUGCGCGCCGCCGUACCGGCCCUCGAGGAAGACGGUCUUGCCCGUGACGGGCUUGGCGUACACGUUCUCUGUUGGGGUGCCGCUGCGGGUCGCUACGCCCGUCUGGAGGGCGUAGUUGUUGUAGGCGUUGUUGAGGAGCUGCUUGAGGUCCAGCGGGGCGUUGACGUCGUAGGCGUGCGAGGGAGAGCUGGUAGAGAGGUCCUGGGUGGCGGGAGAAGCGCCCUCAGCGGCGGGAGGAGGAGGAGGUGGUGGAGGAAGGUCGGCGUUGGGGGGCACCUCGGCGCUGGAGGUGGGAGCGCGGCUUGGGUGGGGAGGUUGGCUGGCUCGGGGGUGCUCUGUUGA